CGCCUUAUCUAGUUAGUCAACCAUUGCAUGGUCUAGUGAUUAGACCCAUCGGCGCCGCCACGAGUUUUUCCGCGACUUGCGGUAUUGUAAUGUAAAGGUGAAUUCCGUGGAUUUACCGGGCGCGUGAUCAUUAUAGUUUAUUCGUGUUUUGUCUCAUUCAAGCGAUUGAAGUUGGUUAAAUAUAACAGUAUAAUCCAAUCCUUGAUAUCAGCCCAGAUGAAAAAGUUCAUUGUAAAAGUUAUCAUUCUAUGUAUGAAAAUUAUAUAGAAACGGUGGUGAAUCACAUUUAUUCACAGAUUAUAUCGUAUCGAAAACAAGAUUCUAAUCAUUCUAUUGGUAUAGAGGAAGCAUUCCAACCAAACUAUAACCUAUUAAAUUUUAGACAAAAAUAUGAUUACACAAUAAGUAUUAUCAAUUUCAAGUAUCAUGAAAUUUUAAGAAAAUACCUUGAUUUAAUUAAUCUUUUACUAGGACACUGUCAGCGAUUUUAUAAUGAAAAUAAAUCAUCGAUACAUUUUAUUUCUUGUGUACAAUUUCUUGAAAUAGUUGUGAACAUUUCCAAGAAUAUGAUUGAAAAUUUACACAAUGCAAUGAAGUUUAUAAGUUACAUAGAUAUAAAAUUUUUGUUUUUUGAAGGUUGCAUGGUGCCACAUUCUGAAAUUCAUGUAAUCGAAUUUAUACAUAAGUACGUCUUAGAAAAAAGUGUAGAAACCAACUCUUUUGAUCUCAACAAAUCACCUUAUGAAAUAAAUUUGGAGAAUUUGACAAAAUUUUAUACAGACGCUUCAAUAAGAGUAAACAAUUUUUUUCGAAAUAUUACGAACUUGAAUACUUUAAUAAUAAAUGAUUUGAAAGAAAUUAAAAUUGCGGAAUUAUCUUAUGACUUAAAUUUCUUAAACAGAGAUAUACUUGAUAAGUUUUUUAAUGAAAUUAUAGAAGUUUGGUACCAAAACCUAGGAUUUGAAGAAUUUCUUAACCCUAAAACAGAUGAUUUCAUACCUCCAAUAGAUCCAGAUACAAAUCAAAAUGAUGGAAUUGAAGCUCUUAAUAUUAUUCGUAAGGAAUCUGGUUGGGAAAAAAUGAACCACAUUAGUAUAGUUUAUUUUGGUAAAAAUAUCAGUGUAGAUCGUAUAAUAAAUGAUGAAGUUAGUAACAUAAAUUUUCAAAUAAAAAAGGAACACGUAUCACAAUUAUUAAGAUGUAGAUUUACAGAAAUAAUGAAGAACUAUCGUACAUUAAUAUCUGCUUUUUUAUAUGUAUGCAAUAAAGAUGCAGUCAACUACUACCAUAUUUGUUUGAUUAAAUUAUUUAGCUCAUUCGCCAAAUCAAAAAAAAUGCUUAAAGAAUUGUAUGAAGCUCUAGUUACUUUAAAUGAAUCAUCAAUAUGGAAUGUUCAUUUAAGCUCUAAAUCGAGUUUACAUAAAAUUUUUAGUUGGGUUGCAGGUUUUCUUAAAUUAUUAGAAAACAAUGAUUUUUCUCUAAAAAAUAUUGUUGAAAAUAAAUUUGAAAUGGUUGAGCAACUUCUUGUAAUUUUUAAAAACCAUUUAAAUAUCUUUAGUGAUAAUUUACGGAGCGAUUUGAGUACAUAUGACACCCGAUGUUCAAUGGAUAUAAAAUUUGAAAAUGUUAAGGAUUAUGUAAGCUAUUUUAGGAACCUAGGAGUUAUAUCAUUUAGUUCAAAUUCUGAAUUAAUCAACCAAAUUAUUCAUAAUGCGUGUAAUUAUUUUGAAAAAUUUUUUGAGUAUGUUAGUAAAUCUUGUUAUGAAGAUUUGGGUUUUGAAAAACUUUCGCACUGUAAAAACAAAGAAUUAGACACUAAACUUCUUUGCGUAAAAAAAGUAUCAACAGAUUUUAUUUAAAAAUUAAAUAUGGUUUUAUUAUUUCUUUAUUAUGGUUAAUUAUUAAAUUUAUUUAUCUAAUAUAAAAUUUAAUGAUCAUCACUAAAAUUAUUAUUUUAGUUUAUAAUCUCCCUAUCAUUUGCUAUAUUUGUAAUAUCUUCACUUGCACACUUGAUAUAAUAUAUUUUUAAAAUAAUUUACUUUUUAUAAAUAUAUACUGAUGAAUAACCUGUUUUGUUUUUACUGAUAAUAAUAUUAAUAUUAAAAAAUAAUAACUUUUUUUA